UGGGAGCCAGGGAGAGAUGCUCUUGAUUCCACUCGGCUCCAUCCUGGGGACCAGAGCAGGCGCGGUCCUCUCAGGAGCCAGCCUUCCCUUCCUCCCGGUCCCUCCCCCUAGCCACCUCUGGGCCUGGGCCCAGGAGCCACCACAGGCGACACGGAGCCACCGGUGCUGGAGGGGGAGCCGUGGGGUCGGGGCAGCGUCGGGGCAGAGGCCCCGGGACGUCCGCCCGGCCCCAGGCCCCGCUCGGCCCGAGCUCCCCCCCGGGUCCCCCCUCCUGCCUGGCCGGAGCCCUGCGAUUGUGCCCGGGAGCCCGGCGGGGUCGAGGUGGCCGGAGGCUGGGGGGGCCGAGCGGCGGGGGCAAGUGCCAUGCACAAACACCACCACUGCUGCAAGUGCCCGGAGUGCUACGAGGUGACACGCCUGGCUGCUCUCAGGCGCCUCGAACCGCCCGGCUACGGGGAUUGGCAGGUGCCCGACCCCUACGGAGGAGGGGGCGGCAAUGGGGGCGGCGGGGGCUACGGGGGCUACAGCUCCCAGACCUUGCCCUCCCAGGCGGGGGCCGCCCCCACCCCUCGAACCAAAGCCAAACUCAUCCCCACAGGCCGGGACGUGGGGCCUGUGACCCCUAAACCCGGCCCGGGCAAGAGCACCCCCAAACUGAACGGCAGUGGCCCCGGCUGGUGGCCCGAGUGCACCUGCACCAACCGGGACUGGUAUGAACAGGCUAGCCCUGCCCCCAUCUUGGUGAAUGCAGAGACCCUGGAGCCCAGUCUCUCGGUAAAUGGCAGUGAUGGGAUGUUCAAAUACGAGGAGAUUGUGUUGGAACGGGGGAACUCGGGCCUGGGCUUCAGCAUCGCAGGGGGGAUAGACAACCCACACAUCCCCGAAGACCCGGGCAUCUUCAUCACCAAGAUCAUCCCCGGCGGGGCAGCUGCCAUGGAUGGGAGGCUGGGGGUGAACGACUGCGUGCUGAGGGUGAAUGAGGUGGACGUCUCUGAGGUUGUCCACAGCCGGGCUGUGGAGGCCCUCAAGGAGGCCGGCCCUGUCGUGCGCCUGGUGGUGAGGAGGAGGCAGCCACCGCCUGAGACCGUGGUGGAGGUCAACCUGCUUAAGGGACCCAAAGGCUUGGGCUUUAGCAUCGCAGGGGGGAUUGGGAACCAGCACAUCCCUGGAGACAACAGUAUUUACAUCACAAAAAUCAUUGAGGGAGGUGCUGCCCAGAAGGAUGGCCGACUACAGAUCGGGGACCGGCUGCUGGCGGUGAACAACACCAACCUGCAGGACGUGCGGCAUGAGGAAGCUGUGGCGUCCCUGAAAAAUACGUCCGACAUGGUCUAUCUGAAAGUGGCCAAGCCAGGCAGCGUGCACCUCAAUGACAUGUACGCGCCGCCUGACUACGCCAGCACUUUCUCUGCCUUGGCUGACAACCACAUAAGCCAUAAUUCCAGCCUGGGCUACCUAGGGGCCGGGGAGAGCAAGGUCAGCUAUCCUGCUCCUUCCCAGGUUCCCCCAGCCCGCUACUCCCCCAUCCCUCGGCACAUGUUGGGUGAGGAGGACUUCACCAGGGAGCCCCGGAAGAUCGUUUUGCACAAAGGCUCCACAGGCCUGGGCUUCAACAUUGUAGGUGGAGAAGACGGAGAGGGCAUUUUUGUGUCCUUCAUCCUGGCUGGAGGCCCGGCUGACCUGAGUGGGGAGCUGCGCCGAGGAGACCGAAUUCUCUCUGUGAACGGGGUGAACCUGAGGAACGCCACCCACGAGCAAGCGGCCGCGGCUCUGAAGCGGGCCGGCCAGUCGGUCACCAUCGUGGCCCAGUACAGACCGGAAGAGUACAGUCGCUUCGAAUCCAAAAUCCAUGACUUGCGGGAACAGAUGAUGAACAGCAGCAUGAGCUCCGGAUCUGGGUCACUUCGGACCAGUGAGAAGAGGUCUCUCUACGUCCGGGCUUUAUUUGACUACGACCGGACCCGGGACAGCUGUCUGCCAAGCCAGGGGCUCAGCUUCUCUUAUGGGGACAUCCUCCAUGUCAUCAAUGCUUCUGAUGAUGAGUGGUGGCAGGCCAGACUGGUCACCCCCCACGGAGAGAGCGAACAAAUUGGCGUGAUCCCCAGCAAGAAGAGGGUGGAAAAGAAAGAGCGAGCCCGAUUGAAAACGGUGAAGUUCCACGCCAGGACAGGGAUGAUUGAGGCUAACAGGUUGAGCAAAACGAAACGUAAAAAGAGUUUUCGCCUCUCUCGAAAGUUUCCAUUUUACAAGAGCAAAGAGAACGUGACCCAGGAGAACAACGGACAGGAACAGGGCGUGACCUCCAACACCAGUGACAGCGAGAGCAGUUCCAAAGGACAGGAGGACACAAUUUUAUCCUAUGAGCCAGUGACGCGGCAAGAAAUUCACUAUGCAAGGCCAGUGAUCAUCCUGGGCCCCAUGAAGGACCGAGUCAACGAUGACCUGAUUUCGGAAUUCCCACAUAAAUUUGGAUCCUGCGUACCACACACCACUCGGCCUCGAAGAGAAAAUGAAGUGGAUGGCCAAGACUAUCACUUUGUGGUGUCCCGGGAGCAGAUGGAAAAGGACAUUCAGGAAAACAAGUUCAUAGAAGCGGGCCAAUUCAACGACAAUCUCUAUGGCACCAGCAUCCAAUCAGUGCGGGCCGUGGCAGAGAGGGGGAAACACUGCAUCCUAGACGUGUCUGGCAAUGCCAUCAAGCGGCUGCAGCAAGCCCAGCUUUACCCGGUUGCUGUUUUCAUCAAGCCCAAGUCUGUGGAAGCCCUUGUGGAAAUGAACCGAAGACAGACCUAUGAGCAAGCGAACAAAAUCUUUGACAAGGCCAUGAAGCUGGAGCAGGAGUUUGGCGAGUACUUCACAGCCAUCGUACAGGGUGACUCACUGGAAGAAAUCUAUAACAAGAUCAAACAGAUCAUCGAGGACCAGUCUGGGCACUACAUUUGGGUCCCAUCUCCUGAAAAACUCUGAAGACCAUCACCCCCCCCUCGCCUCCUCCCAGCCCUUUCCCCAAAACCAUUUUCUUGUGAGCAAAACCCGUCCCCUC